UACCAGAAUAACUGCGGACCAUUCCAUUCAAUAUGUCGAAUAAGCCACGCAGGAGUAGAUCAUUGCCAUCAAAUGAGUCAACUUGUUCUGAGAUGCAGCUUUCAAUGCUAUAGGUGUGAUAUUGAUCGGCCAGUAGUUACUGACUUCAGUUUUCGGGCCAGAUUUGUGUUUAGGCAUAUUAAAUGUUGUUUUCCAUAUAUCAAA